ACAGCAGCAGCAGCAGCAUAUCGUCGCGUUCGACGACGUCUUCGCUGCGUGAAGUCAUGAGGCAUGGACGGCGGGACCACAGUAUACGCCAUUCCAUUAUUACGCGCCCGUCGCAACCGUCCUCUCACCUCCCGCGCCGCCGCCCCAGAUUGCACCCACCAACAUGGGCCCGCAGUACACCCUGUCCCCAAAUGCUCAAGAAUUCAUACCAAGCUCUUUCAUGACGAUGCGAGAUCCCCACUACAUGCCCCUCCACGUAGGGAUGCUGCUCGUCGAUCCCCAAGCGCAGAUGCAUUCUCCGCAGCAAGCCCACCAUCAGAGUCAACAGCCACAGAUGCAGUACCACGCCGAGGCCGCGGGUUCCAACUCCGCGGAUUCCUAUGAAGACCCGUACUCGUAUUUCAGCAAGUCCUACGACGAAGAUGACGAUGCUUUGCUGCAAACGCAGAUGUUUAUAACUGAUGUCACGCUCUCACCAGAGUUGUACACAGCGAAGGCGAACGAUCUCCUCAAAAUCAUAUUCGAAGACAUCUGCGAGCGCAAGAACCCGCCAACGCCGGUUGUUGCGACCAUAUUCCAGGCGGGUGUUCUACAACAAAACUUCCGCUAUUCGGGUGCGCGCCUUUGCAACGUCGCCGCAUCGGUCGUAAUGACGAUGGAUGGCCAGACCUUAUUCCGAAAUUGCCUAAUCGAACACAUGUAUGAGAGCUUAGCGAAGGUCAAACCCGUUGUCGGUGACAAGGAGCAAGACAAAGAGACCCGUGGAACAGUGCUAUUCUGCGCAGAGUUGUUCUUCCAAUUGGAUCUCGGCUAUAGACUCGAUACCUCGGAGACGCACCCGGACAUGGGCGUGUUCCUGUGCCGCACCAUCAAACAGUUGAUCUUAUGUAACGAGAAAGAGAACCAGAAGAAUCCGAUAUUUCCCGUUCAAGCUCUGAAGCUCCGCGGUGCCAUCCUGGAAAAGCUGUGCGGGAACACCGACGCGAUGGACGAUCUGAUGAUGCAGUGCAAGACUCUCGAAGAACAAGAGGGCGUAAACUCGACCAAUCAGUUCAUGCUGGCGAGACUUCCACAACUCCGGAAAACAAACUGGAAUCGCGUGGAGGAAGUUCGUGAUCAAGCUCCCUGUGUGGGUCCUGAUGACUACACCCAAAUGCCAGUCAUGUACGGCCCGGAUGGUCAACCGAUGAGCGAAAAGGAGCUGAGCUUCUUGAACGGCUCCAACCAGAUUCCCCCCGCGGAAUUCGGUGAAGCCCCGCCAGUCGCCACCGCUGCCGGAAUGGACCAUGAAGCGAUGGAGGCAUACGAACAAUUCCUCCGAGAAACAGGACAAAAAUAAUCGUGGGAAAAGUAGACAGAAGCGUGUCGGGCAACACUCUCGCCAUGGCGAGCGGGCGAGGCGGUGCUCAUCCACAUUCGCCGGUCCACCUUGUACAAACUGCAAC